CUGGAACUGAGAGAGCCGCAGCAGAAGAGGCUAAAAACCCUAUUUCACUAGCGUCGUCUUUUUAAAGGAGCGGCUUUGCCCCGCAUCUCGAAUCCCCGUUCCCUUUCCCUGCAACUUGUUGGCGCAUCCGAGGAAAGAUACCGAGAGCAUCAAGUAAGAUAUUGUUUAUAUUCGCCGACUUCUACAUGCCACCAGCACGGAGGAAAUAGCUAACUGUACACGCAUCCAUGGAGGACUAUUUAACUCGACCUAACAACUCUAAGCGCAAUCUAGCCAUCAUUCCCUUAUCGUGCCUGUCUUGCUUGCCUUGAUAUUUCAAUCCUUGUCCGCUCAUUCUCGUCACUCAUCCCUCCAAUCCACCCAAUCCCGCCAUUCAUUGAUGGUAGCAUUCGCAUGGAUAUCCAAUCCUCAGCUAAAUAUACUCACAUUUUAAACCUAUUUAAACCCCCCUCCAAUCCCUCCCCCACGACAAUCAGGUUAUGCUCUCAGCUCUCCGUGGCCAGGCGUCCUCGUCGUCUUCGUCCGCCUCUCCCUCCCCAUCUCCCAUCUCCCCCUCAGCAUCUAUGUCUCCCUCCAAUCCUUCCCUCUCCCCUUCCGACCACUCCAACUUCACAGUCAUCCAGACACCAGCCACGGGAGCCCGGAACCAAGGCCCUGCCUCCGUGUCUAUGACAUCGUCCGCAUCGCCUCAGCCAAACUCCCGCCUAACCUCACGGACUACAGACAAAGAAAAACCACGCCUUACAGAGCAGGAAAAGAAGAAUAACCACAUCGCGUCUGAGCAGAAGCGGCGCGCCGCCAUUCGUGAAGGGUUCGACAGGCUGACUGAACUUGUUCCGGGGCUCGAGGGCCAGGGCCGCAGUGAGGGCGUGGUCCUGCGCAAGACUGUGGACUUCAUGCAGAUGAAGUUGCAGGAGCGGAAAGAGCUGGUGGAGGAAAUUGAGAAGAGAGGCGGUUCUCCUGAAGAUGCUCUGCGACGAUAGAAUAUCGGAACGAACAGGAUCGAACGCUUUGAUACCUGCUCUCCAUACUACCUACGUGUUUUUUUUUUUUUUUUUUAACUUUCUAUGUUACUUUCCCCGCCACGAACGACUUUUUCCUCGCCUCAGAUAUUGGCGCGAUGUAUAGCCAGCCAUUGUUCCGGGAUGGAGGCUGGGAAUCGGGGAGUUGUAGGAGCGGACCGUUUUUCGGACUGGGACAUAUUUUUACUGGCGCAUGAGAACAUGAUGACCUCGGGAUAAGCAUAUCCAUACGCAAAAAUAGAGAGGGGGGAAAAGCACAGGAGAAACCGAGCUGUUUCGCCAAGUUUCAACAAUUUUUCCCAUCAUGUCCGAGACAGACUAGAAAAUGAAUGGGUGUCCCGAUUCAUCCCAACUUGGUCUAUAUAUUUAGACGGGGAGCGCACACCAUUCUAGCAAUCGAGAAGAUCGGCCAGGGAAUGAUACUCCACGAUUCAGGGGCAGGUUAGGAUGGAAUCACCUGGCCCAAGAGCGGGGUGGGUGAGGGUCUACUAAAACGAUUCGAAGGCAUUUGUUCUAUUUUCUCGCGUGAGAGAGAAGGUGGUCGUCGUUUUUUCUCCCUUUUCGCUGUUUGGGCUCGCGCAUGGAGUUUUUGUAUUAUCACACGUUUUCUCUUUUUCGUUCGUUGUGGUUCUUGCGCAUGCUUGUAACUAUAUAGUAUUUACUUGCCCUUUGUUCAUUUUGGUUCUAGUAACCCUACAUACCCCAGAAUCCGCUAUUCGUAGUGCAUGGAUUCUUGUUUUGCUUUUCGUCUCAGACAUUGAUUCUAUAUAUAUACUCCUCAGUUCUAUAUAAAUAUAUAAAUAUAUUUUCUCUCCCCUAAUUAUGAAUUUAAUUUGGUCCCUAGAUCAUUCU